AUGCUCUACAAAAUUAUUACCGUAGCUGCGCUGCUAAAUGCAGUAUCGGUCCUAGGAAGUCCCGUUUCCAACGGGCAGGACCAGACAUGCAAAAAGACCAAGGUCGCCAUUCUUGGCGGCGGUGUUGCAGGUAUCACAGCGGCUCAAUCUCUGAGUAAUAAUUCUGUGGAGGAUUUCAUCAUUCUUGAAUACAACUCUGAAAUUGGCGGCCGUAUGCGACAUACUACGUUCGGAAAAGAUGCAGAUGGAAAGCCAUUGACAGUUGAAAUUGGCGCGAACUGGAUCCAGGGUUUGGGAACUCCUGGUGGACCUCAAAACCCAAUUUGGCUCCUGGCUCAAAAAUAUGGUGUCAACAACACUUAUUCCAACUACAGUUCCAUUCUAACCUACGACGAGACUGGGUUCAACGAUUAUAGUAGUCUUUUUAACGACUAUCAAAAUGCAUAUUCGACGAUGGAACAGCUAGCAGGGACAGUUCUGAAAGAAAAUCUCCAAGAUCGCAGCACGCGAGCUGGUCUGACCCGUAGCGGUUGGAAACCGAAAAAAGACAAGAAGGCGCAAGCCAUUGAAUGGUGGCAAUGGGAUUUUGAAUACGCAUAUGAGCCUGAUAUUAGCUCAUUGGUAUAUGGAAUCGUGAACUAUAACACAUCUUUCUAUCAAUGGUCAAACGUGAAUAAUUUCGUCUGGGACCAGCGCGGGUUCAACACUUGGCUCAACGGCGAGGCUAGCACAUUCCUCAAGAAAAACGACUCACGCCUACGGCUCAACACAGUCGUCACAAAUGUCACUUACAGCGACACAGGAGUGACGGUUACUGACAGUCAUGGCGAUUGUGUCCAGGCUGACUACGCUAUUUGUACUUUUUCUGUCGGUGUUCUCCAAAAUGACGCUGUGUCGUUUGAGCCGGAAUUUCCGGACUGGAAGCAAGAUGGUAUCGAAGUCUUUGAUAUGGGUACCUACACCAAAAUAUUUCUUCAGUUUCCACCCGACAAAGUCUUUUGGCCCAAGGAUACACAGUACUUUCUUUACGCAGAUCCUACAGAGCGUGGAUGGUAUCCGGUCUUUCAAUCUCUAGAUACUCCUGGUUUUCUUGAGGGCUCCGGAAUUAUCUUUGUGACGGUCGUGCAUGACCAAUCAUAUAGAGCUGAAUCCCAGAGUGACGAGAAAACAAAAGAGGAAGUCAUGACAGUUCUUCGUGACAUGUAUGGCGCGGAAAAUGUCCCCGACCCUAUUGCAUUCAUGUACCCGCGCUGGAGUCUCGAGCCAUGGGCAUAUGGCAGCUACUCCAACUGGCCAUACGGUGUCACUCUUGAAAUGCACCAGAAUCUACGUGCAAAUGUUGGUCGACUGUACUUUGCCGGCGAAGCGACUAGUACAGAAUACUUUGGCUUCUUACAGGGAGCUUGGUACGAAGGACAGGGUGUUGGUAAGGUAGUGGCGGCCUGUGUGAAUAAUGCCAAGAGCCCCGCGUGUGUACAGGAGACACAUUAUGAGCCAUUGCAUGGGAGUACUCCGACCAGCGAGUACUCCUUCCAGAAUGGUUGGACGGUGACCAGUUUUCAAACAAACGGGGUCUAA